AUGCCUAGUUAUGCUAAGUUCCUCAACGACAUCUUAAGUAAGAAGAAGAAGCUGACCGAGUAUGAAACCGUAGCUCUUACUGAAGAAUAUAGUGCACUUCUGACCAACAAGAUACCUCCUAAGCUUAAAGACCCGAGAAGUUUCACUAUUCCUUGUUUUAUAGGUGGGAAAGAGAUUAGGAAAGCUUUGUGUGACUUAGGUGCAAGUAUCAACCUCAUGCUUUUAUCUAUUUUUAACACCUUAGGCAGAGGAAAGGCUAGACCUACCAUGGUUACAUUCCAAUUGGCAAACAAAUCCAUUGCAUACCCUAAGGGAAAGAUUGAGGAUGUGUUAGUGCAAGUUGAUAAAUUCAUAUUUUCGGCAGAUUUUAUCAUACUAGACUUUGAGGCAGAUAAGGACAUUCCUAUUAUAUUAGGGAGACCAUUUCCAGCCACCAGAAGAACUCUGAUAGAUGUCCAGAAAGGAGAGUUGACCAUGAGACUUCAGGACCAAAAAGUCACAUUUAAUGUUUUUAACUCUUUAAAGUGCCUUGAUUACUUGGAGGAGUGUUUAAGAAUAGCUGAAAUAGAUGAGAUGUGCCAUGAAGAAGGAAUUCAGGAAAACCUUAAGUUGAAAGAAGAGUGUGAUGAGGAAAUAGAAGAAGAGAAUGUUGAGGAAAUAGAGGCAAUAGGAAAUAAUAUUGUCCCAGAAGAUGCUGCAACAUUUGAGCUACUGGAAAAAUGGUGA